AUGCAGGUUGCCUCCUGGUUGAAGGUGUGUUUGUUUUGUGUCGCAGGCCAGAGGGUGGAGGGUUUGAGGCGGGUGGUGCUUCCCAGAGAUCUGACUCAUCGGUUCCUCCUGCUGGCCGAGUCCAACACAGCCAGAGGGGUCGAGACCUGCGGAGUCCUCUGUGGGCGGCUGACCCGGGGCCAGCUGGUCCUGACCCACGUGGUGGUCCCGCAGCAGUCGGGCGGUCCAGACUUCUGCGACAUGGAGAACGUGGAGCAGCUGUUCAGCUUCCAGGACCAGCAGAGCCUGCUGACGCUGGGCUGGAUCCACACCCAUCCCACUCAGACGGCCUUCCUCUCCAGCGUCGACCUCCACACUCACUGCUCCUACCAGCUGAUGCUGCCGGAGGCCGUCGCCAUCGUGUGCGCCCCCAAGCACAACGAUACCGGUGUGUUCAGGUUGACGGGCCCCGGGAUGUCCGAGGUGUCUGUCUGCAGACUGAAGGGGUUCCACCCUCACCCCAAGGAGCCGCCUCUCUUCAGUGUGUGUCAGCAUGUGGUUUUGAGUGACUCUCCUGUCAGCCUGCUGGACCUCAGGUGACCAGCAGGGGGCGCUGUGUGGACACCGUGUGUGUGUGUGUGUGCGUGUAAAUAAACAAACAGUUUAUCUUUAUGAAAGCUUUUAA